AGAGCCACCUCAGCCGUGCAGUGACCCUUUCACCCACUAUCUUAUUUCGCAAAGCUGCACGCACACAUAAUAGAAGCCUGUCGUCUAGCGGCGUUAUCAAAGAACAGUGCAGACAAACGGAGCAAAAAUGAACCUGGUCCCGUUUGUUUUGCACGUCCUGCUUGUCACAAUAGUACAUUGUGCUCCAAGGUGUGAGCCCGUCGAUCAAGCACUAGGACGAUGUCAGACCCAGCCUGUCGAGACAGCACAAUGUAUAAACAACCAUCUAAGUUACUGUACUGGUGUGUCUUACUCAAAGAUUAUGUUUCCCAACCUAAUUGGUCAAACGUCACGAUCAGAAGCUGAAUUAAGUCCAGAGUAUGUCCUUAUUAGUGUCUUGGACAACUUGCUGAAUGGAGAAUGCACUUUCGACCUCAAGUUGCUGGGCUGUUCCAUCAUAGCGCCACGAUGUGAAAACAAUGUGAUUCUGAAACCUUGCAGACGUUCUUGCGAAGCACUUAAAAAAGACUGUCAGCAUACAUUUAAAAUGAUAAAAAUGGCAUGGCCAUAUUUCAUGGACUGCGACCGGUUCUUUGUAAGUGAGGAAGAAGGUUGCUAUGAUCCUAUAGGAAAAUACACAGAUGCAAGUUUGACAGAGGUGCCUGAUGUGCUACUUACCGCACUAGAAUUCAGACACCACAGUUACUUGGAGAUGACAAAGCUGCUGAAACAGACUGUAUCCGUAUGUGCAGAGAUAUCAACUUUGUACAGUAUCGGCCGUAGUUAUGAAGGCAAAGACCUUCAUGUAAUUGAAUUCUCAGAUAAUCCUGGGGAGCAUGAAAUACUUGAGCCAGAAUUUAAAUACAUUGCAAAUAUGCAUGGCAAUGAAGCAUUGGGAAGAGAGCUGCUGAUUUAUCUCGCACAAUAUUUGUGCUCUGAGUAUUUAAGUGGAAACCAAAGGAUUCAGAGUUUAAUCAAUAACACCAGAAUCCAUCUUUUUCCUUCUAUGAAUCCUGAUGGCUAUGAAAUAGCAUCUGAAGAGGGCCCUGGGUAUAAUGGAUGGGCUACUGGACGGCCAAAUCUUCAAAGCAUCGACUUGAACAGAAAUUUUCCAGAUCUAACAUCACAGUUUUAUCGAGAAAGAAGAAAAAGGAGAGGUCGCAUUGAUCACAUUCCAAUUCCAAGGUCAUACUGGAAUGGUAAGAUAGCACCCGAGACACGAGCAGUGAUAAAAUGGAUGAAGAAAAUACCUUUUGUUCUGUCAGCAAGUUUUCAUGGUGGAGAUUUAGUGGCUAGUUAUCCCUUUGAUGCAUCAAGACUUCCAGGAGAAGACAAGUAUUUUUCACCCACUCCAGAUGAUCAGAUGUUCAAGUUGUUGGCUAAGACCUAUGCAGAUGCACAUCCUGUGAUGUCAGAUACGUUAAAGGAAAGAUGUGGAGGGAACUUUGCUGAAGAAGGAGGCAUUGUAAAUGGAGCACAGUGGUACAGUUUUGCUGGAGGGAUGCAGGAUUUUAACUACCUGCACACAAACUGUUUUGAGAUAACAUUAGAAAUUGGCUGUGAGAAGUACCCCGCUGAUGAGGAUCUCCAAACAGCCUGGCAACAAAACAAGGAGGCCCUCUUGACCUACAUGGAAAUGGUGCACCAAGGAAUAAAAGGGAUCGUGAUGGAUGACAGAGGAAGAAGAAUUAAAGGAGCACGAAUCAAAGUUAGAGGGAUCCGACAUGAUAUCCUUUCAGUUGCCAAUGGAGAGUACUGGAGAUUGCUCCCUCCAGGCACACACUACGUAAGCGCAUAUGCUCAAGGUCACACGCGGGUUUUGAAGAAAAUAUAUUUACCUGUUAAGAUGGAAGGGGCUGGUCAUGUGGACUUUGUUCUGCGUCGCCUGCAGCCUGAUAUUGAAAUUGAGCCUUCGGAGGAAGACAUGGAUGAAAUAGAUCUGCUAGAUCAUCUUGAGAGGACUGAGGGGAGAUAUGAAGAUGAAGAUGAUGAAUAUUCAACUUCACGUGGAGAAAAGCCUUGGUGGUGGUCCUUCUUUGCCACUUUGGGACAGAAUUCGCCAGACUGGCUUUUAAUAAACAUGUAGUUUCUGCUGUGGGUAUCAUAUUAAGUGGAAGAUACACCAGCAAGUUUGCAUUAAUGAGUACAUCAGUGAUUUUUACUUUAGUAAAACAAAGUUAAUCCCCUGGGAUUAACAAUCUGGGAAACAAUGUAUUUUGCAAAAAUAUUUUGUUAAUAUUUUAGUCCUGAGAAGUCAAAUGUAAUUGAGUGUCCUAAACUCAAGAGGGCAUCAGUGAUCACAGUAUUAUGUAAUAAGCACUAACUCACAUGCAUUGUGAAUCAUAAUGUCCCAUGCAUGCCUGCAUAUUAUAGCACAUGUUGCCUAUAUCAAAUGAAGGGGUUUUAGGAGAUACUUCAUUUAUAAUUUUUUUAUAUUAAAAGAUAUUUUCUCUCA